AGGAAACAUGACGAAAAGUUUCCGUUUUUGCAAGCAAGAAAAAAAUCUCCCACAGCAACUCCUGGUGUUGGGUACGAAGUCUCUCUGUGCAGUCAGGGUGGCUGCUUUGCCUGUUGUUUUGCCCUCCUGAUCUCAGCUGGCGUUUGGGGACUAUGGCUGCCAAUGAGACUCACCCUAUUUGGGAGAUUCUACACUCUUUUGGCAUUGAGAGUUUGGUCCUGGCCUUCUGCCUGUCUAUGCUGGUUGGGCUCCUGAUCGGUGUGCUGAUCUUCAUCCUCCUCACCUGGCUGUCCCGACACAGAGCCUCAGCGGUAAUCACCAGACCCUCUAAGCGGAAAUCCAACACCUCCUACUCUCUCGCCCACAACCGAAUGGGGCUGUACCGGAGCCAUGCCUUACAUCAUCUUGGAGACAACAGCCUCGUCUCUGCCCACUUAAACCUCCGCCGACAGACGUCUGUGGACACGGAUGAGCUGCUGGGCCGCAAGACACCCUUCCAGGCUUCUACUUUCCACCCGGGACAGAACGGAGGUACUCUUAGGGCCAAAAGUCCGCCAUCUUCCCCAAGCACUCAGGAGAUUGAGCCUUCCUCUUCCAGCGAGGGGAGCCUGCUUCCGACCUCUGGGCACAAGCGCCAGUCUUUCUGGCUUGGCAACAAUGGGCUAAGAGGGUAUCUGCCCACCCAAACACCCCCGCCUGCUUAUGACAGCGUCAUCCAUGCCUUCCAGGAGACUGAGACCUGAGUCUGAGACUGGGCAACAUGAUAGUAUUAAGUACUGCAAUUACAGCAAGAGAGACUGCAUGUACUGACUGCUGCCAUAUAGACAGACUGCACAGAUUGAGGAAGCAGCUGUGCACUAUUGGACCUACCAAGUGUCAUAUCAUGACUGUAGACUUUUACGCUGCGUAUGGUAAAUUAAGUUUCCUUCACCACAAGCCUAAUGUUCUAUACAUACAGCAAUAUGACAGAUAUUGGGAUAUAUCACCAAAUUCUGGACACAUUCCUUAGAAUCUGUAAAUAACCUUGCAAUGGAAAUGUAUCUAAAAGUUGACUUGAACAGUAACAGGACUAAUUAGGGCUCGUCAUUUAGGUACACUCUGCAUAUGUUUUACAGUCAUUAGUGUAUAAACGUAACCUACUUCACUCAGUACACAAAGUUGAAAUUAACAUACUAGAGAGAUGGUGGACAUAAAACCCAAAGAACACAACAGGUUGUGAUUUUCCUCAUGAAAACAGACUGUGUAGUAGAUACAUAUAAACUUUAAACAUUGUGAAAUGUAGACUAUCAUCACAUUUCCAUACUUUUCCCCAUUUGUUGAUUCGAUCAGCUGACUGCUAAAACUGAGCAAUUGAUUAAUACUGUGUAAUGUCCUUGGCCUAUAUGGUUCAGAGAUUCUGAUAACCACACGCUCUUCUUAACUGUUGAAAGAACAUUACCAACUUCAACUGAGAUGUCAUACUGAGUGCGAAUAUGACGGAGGAGGUCAGCUGUCGCGGGUGCCGUAGCUGUCGCGCCGCAGUGAGGCACGGACAAUCUACCCACUGGAUAGGGUUAUUCAUCACGUGACACAAACUGGUUCCGUCAGAGCUAAGGUUGCCAACACAAUUCUUUAAAAUCCCCCUACAGUUCAUGUACAUUGCGACAACGCUCCACAUAAUUGAUGGAUAUUUUCCCACUCGUUAUAGGAGGAUUUUUGUACGCAUGCGGCAACAUCCUUCGAAGGCGCACCAAGUGCGAGCUGACAGAGGUGAGUUUGCUGGCUUAAUCGCAGAAAUGCCAGCAGCGUUAUCACCUAUUUAAAUGAGUUUGGCGUCGUUGUAUGUUUAACAUCUGUUUUGGCCGUCACCGCUCCUUUCAUUUACUGGAAUGCGCAAGGAUGGACAUACUACGGGAUAGGUAAUUAUAGAGCCAAGCGUGGCACACAUCAGUGAUUGUGAAUGAUUUUGCUGAAACUGAAUCUUGUGUAAAUAACAUGUUUUUACCACAUCACUAAGUAAUUCGUUGUAGGCCUAUUUCAUCCGUUUUAUGAUCCAAGGCUGAAAUUGAAUUUUUACAAUGGAACUGAUUACCUAAUUCUGGAUGUCGACAUGGUAGGCUGUGCUCUUGUAAAACAAUAAUUUUAAAUGUCAAAAAGAAAGUUAACGACGUAAAGGUUUGUAAAAUACAAUAUCCUUUUAGUCGACUAAUCAUGGCCCUUGUUGCCACGACGACAGUUCAGAUAGUCAUUUUUUUUUCAAGAUAUGGAGGCACCAUUUGUUUCAAUAGCUCACAAAAAAUCUACAAACCCAGGAGAGCAUAUCUCCGUUUGAAAUAAUAAUUGCACCUUCAACAGAUCGUCUGCCUGUAUUUAUAAAACAGCUGUAAUAUUUUACUCAUCUGUCGCACGUCCCGUGACGUAAGAUCAGACCAAUGUCAAGUACUAAUCGAAGACGGUGUUCAGGAGACUCACUGUUCAGUCUGGUGGAUGUCUCCGGAUUCUCAUUGUGUGCUAGUAAAACAUUUAAACGCCUUCAUUAGGCUACUUGCCUAUUGUUAUUUUUAAGACAAGUGAAUAUUAAUUUCGACUUGGAUUCACGUAGUAGGCUACUACCAAACCUGGACAUGCAUUCUGCCUCUGGCACAGAAGAAUCCGUACAUCAGGUAGUACUGAGCCUAUUAAUUGGAACGCCUGUCUAGAAUUCCAACAUAUAGGCUAGGAUUAGCCUUUUACGCAUAAACAAGAACAUUUGCCAGACCCUUCAGAAAACAUCACUCGGAGUGGUGGAUGGAAUGCAUACAACAUCUCCAUGCAUUGCAAAAAAAGCCUCAAUGAAGCCAAGUGUUCACCUGUUACAGUGUACACCGUCUUGCACAAUGAUGGUACCACCAGAAUGGUAAUAUCUCUGAAAACAUGUCGUAGAAUUGUCAAGAACCACGACUGUGCCAACAUUCCUUUCAUUCUUUACAUUUGGCAAAGCCGAUUUGAUUCGACUAUACUGUGGACAUGUUUGGUCUGCACACAUGUAAAACAUAUUAAAUCAUCUGCACAGAUAAUGUAAUAAACCUCUAAUAUGGGGGUAGAGAAAGAGGCCUGUACAGACCAAUGCGCUUGUGUUUUUUCAUAUUGCAUUUCUUACUCCUCAACUCCUCUUACCUAUCUCAAACAAAUCCAUCUGAAUGACUCUUUCAGUUGGUGUUCUGCGAACCAUUUUUUCUGUUGAGAUAUUUUAUGUCUUUUGCCUGAUGUGUUUCAUUUAUUAUGGCUUGCAUACACAUUUCUUUCAGUGGCACCUUCUUAUACCUCUGUUAUGUUUAACAUGUGAUCUGGUUGCUGUGUACUUGUCUUGUACAUACCAUACACUAUCUUUAUGUCUAUUUUUCUUUGAAUAAAAUGCAUUUAAAUGAAAAUUACAAAAAAA